CUUGAGCGGGAAGGUUGCUGAAUAUUUUGCAAGGUUUAAAUUUGAGGAAUUAGAAUUGGGAAAAACUACUGCGGAGUUUUAGGUUUAUAAAGAUUUCCUCUUUUGAAUUGGAAGCUGAUGUUGGUAAACAUCUUUCACUUUUCAUAAAAUUUCUUUUUUGAGUUCUCUAAAAAUUGAUGAAAUUUAUCAAUAUAAUUGAAAAUUAUUUUUCAAAAACUUAAUUAACUUGCUAAGAAACACAGACACACAUAAAAAUGGAAUCUCAUGAUAUACAAGAUUUGUCAACACCUACUGAUCAAGCAUUAGCUGGUGCUUUAACUGGACUGGUUGAAUAUUCUAUAAUGUAUCCAAUUGAUUUAAUGAAAACUCGAAUGCAAACAUUACGGCCUAAUAUAAAAUAUAAAAGUGUAUUUGCUGGAAUGUUGAAAAUAAAAGUAGAGGAAGGUGGUUUCCGACUCUUUAGAGGCAUGUCUAUGCCUUUAAUGGCAUCUGUUCCAGCCCAUGCUCUUUACUAUUCUUCAUAUGAAAUGACAAAACGUUUCUUAAGUGGAACUGAGUUUGGUACUCAGAAUCCUAUAGCUCAAAGUGUAGCUGGUGCAAUUGCAGUUACACUCCAUAAUGUAGUAAUGAAUCCAGCUGAUGUUGUGAAACAGCGUAUGCAAGUAUAUGGCAGUCCUUACUCUUCAAGCUUAAACUGUCUGAAAACUGUUGUGCGUAAAGAAGGUAUAGGAGCUCUUUAUAGAAGUUUGCCUACACAGUUAGCUAUUGAUGCACCCCAUGGAGCUUUGCAUUUUGUGAUAUAUGAAACAAGCCAGAAUUUUUUAAAUCCUUCAAGGUCAUUUGAUGCUAAAAGUCAUAUCUUAUGUGGUGCCUUAGCAGGUGGAUGUGCAGCUGCAGCCACAACACCUCUUGAUGUCUGUAGAACUUUGUUGAAUACUCAAGAAGGUGCUGUUCUGGGUGAAACAGACAGAACAAAAAUCCGAGGCCUUCCUCAUGCACUGGUAACUGUUUACAGGAUGAAUGGGAUAUGGGGAUUCACACGUGGAAUGAGAGCACGUGUUAUGCAUCAGGUACCUUCCACUGCAAUUUGUUGGUGUGUCUAUGAGUUCUUUAAACAUUAUUUUGCUGACAAGGUUGCUUAAAUAAGUUAAAGCUUUUGUGUGGACAAAAUGUCUAUAAAUUGGAAUUGCACUUAAGCUUUCAAGUGAAAUAUUAUAUAACUUGUAUGUACUUAAAAGUAGUCAUUUUAAAUCAAAAUAAUUUUUUUUUUAAAUAUGUGUUUUGCUUGAAGUUUUAAUGCUUUAAAGUGUUAAAGUAAAAUUUGGAAAUUGUAUAUUUUUUUUUAAAACAAAGUUGGUUUAUAAUUAUUUAAAUGUUUUGAUAAGAAGUUUGUAGAUUUUAUUUCACAAAUUUGUAAAUCAGUGAUACUUAUUAUUUUUGAUGGCUAACAUUUUUUAAAAUUUUUAUCACUUUUUUUCCCUUUAAAUAAAUUAUUUGGGCCACUUCCUUAAGGAAAGAAAGUCAACAAUUGUUAGUUGUUAUUCUAUGCUUUUACUGUAAAAAAUGAUUUAUCAGAAAACUAAUUGCUUUUAAUCCUGUCAUCCAUUCAUCCUGUUAUUCCAGUAGUAUCUCAAAUCACAUGCUCUUAUAUAUAUUAUUUAUGUCUUCACUAUUUUGUUUAUUUCUAGAAUACUUGCAAAUUGUUCCAAUGGUAAAAUUUGCAUAUUGUAGAAAAUCAAUGUGAAAUUGAGAAAAAGUAAUAGCAUCAAUGGCACCAUCUUUAUAUGAUCAUUCACAAUUUAUAAUGAAGAUUUGCUCAUCGUGUCAAAUCCAUUUUGUAUUAGAAAGGUAUAUGCAAUUUAAUAUAUACAAAUAAAAAACAUAAAAUGAAAAAACUUACAUUAUUAAUCAUAGUAAUCUGAGCAAUAGGAAUUGCAUUUGUACCUAAUAUUUUUUAAAGUAAAAAAAUCAUUAAACCAUUUUUAAUUCAUUUAA